UCACUCUGCUUGGCAAAUAGCACUUCCUAAUGUGCUCACCGUUUCAGAUUGCAUUGGAUUGGCUGGCAGGGAGGCUGUCUCAGCCUACCCAGGCUACCUCCAUGGCAUUUCUUGUGUCCUAUGCUUUGUUUGCUUGUGUCCUCUCUCCCAGGCAGAGUACAGCAGCACUGCACAGCCUAGGGCAGGAGAAAGCACUCUGCACUUCCCAGAAAAAACAGUCCCUAGGGAUCAUGAGAGCAGUUCUUUGACCAGGUCUUGAAAAAGUGACCUUGAACUAGGUGGGGGUUGCAUGCUGUGAACUCAUGACAUGCUGUGGGUUCUGAUGAGAUGUCCUACAGCAACUAACCAGAUUUUUUAAAGCUCCUGGGACAGGCUUUAGCAAGUUGUCUCCUGGCAAAGAGUCUCUGGAAGAAAUAUCAUGCAAUCACACAUUGGUGACUAAACAAGCUACGUGAGGCCUGGUGCUUACUGCAGCUUGAGCAGUCAGUGCAGUGGAGAGCAGUCCCCUGUCAUCCAGGGCACAGGGACUGAGAGAAACUCUACAAAUAGAGUUGUGCUGAGACAGGUUUUGGAGCUCAGUAGCAGAGAUUUGGGCAUGUAUGGGACUUGGUGCUGUUCUCAUGGUGUGACAUAAAGAAGAUUAGGAUCGGGCUGUGAUGGUAGGUAGUAAAGGUGGAAAAUGAGUGGAGAAGGGACGUUGUGACAGUCUGUAUUUCUGUAAAUGCAUUAAUCUCCUACAGUAAUUAAUAAAGGGGGACAGUUCUGUUGCAUUUUAAUUCUAAGACCAGAGGUGUAGUCUAUGAUAGACUGAAUAGUGCAUUAUGUACAGAGCCUGAUUAGUCAUCUUGCUUAUUGGGUUGCUGGAGAGGAAAUCACUUUCAUGAUGCUGCAACUUUCCGUUCUGUUUAUUCCAUAUUCUCCUCAGUUUUGCUUUUCCCAUGUUCAACAGUUUUUCCUUCCACUUCCUGUAAUUUUUCUCUUUGUUUUCUCCAGUUUUUCAAGCUAGGUAUAGCCUGACUGCAACAUUGUUUUUUAGUUUAGUAGUGGCUCAGGAGGUACAUAGUUCCUCCAGGAGGUAAAAUAUGACUCCAUUUUAUUUAGAUUCAUUUUAGUUAUUUUGCAUUUAAAGGUUUCUGUGGCUUUUAGGCUUGGUUUGGGAGAGGUUUGUGUCUUGGGAGAGUUGAUUUUGAACUGAAAUAGCAAAAAAAACCUGUUGACUUUUUGGUCACAUGCAUUGUUUUUGCUUGCAGGAGCAUUCAUUUGCCUUCCUACUAGUCAUCCUCUUCCAAAGCAUUUUGAAGGCUACUCAUUGUUGUCAAAUCAUUGCUGAUACCAUUUGUGUGCAAUAGACUAUAUCCCAGAGAAGUGAUUCCAUAUACUUUCUGCCAAAUAAAUUCAUCAGUGUUGCAGAUGAGUUACUAACUUCUUGCUUGUGCAGGUCAUUUUGAAAAUACCAAGGAGCUAAACUUUUUUUUGCACUAUAUUAAUUGUUCAAAUUGCCAUUGAAUCCUUGGAUUUAGUUCAACAUAUUUAGAUGACAACAAACACCAGCUUUCAUUCUGUUGAUGGUCUUGGGCAGCUACAGUUGCCAGAAGAUACUGAAGUGAGAUUACAUUAUUACAAAUUAGACUAUUGUAUUACUUGACCAAAGUAGUUAGAAUUUGGGAUUUUGCAGUUUAUUGCAGAUAGAAAUGUAUUCGGGUGUCUUAGAUACAAUCUUUUGAAUUUCUUACACGUGCUGCCUUUAAGCAAUGGAGUAAAACUGAGCAACAGGUCCUCUGUUCACAGCAGUACAUCACUUAUGGACUUUGGCUGCAAAUGUGAAUGCUUAGAUCUUCCUAGCCCUAAACACCUUGUGCAAGACUUGCAGAAAACUGACAAGCAUAUAAUUUACAGCCAGCUGUAAAAUCAAAUGGCUUCUAAGUCAUCACAUAGUAUCCUCAUAGGAACAUUGCAUAUGUCUAACUAGCUUCAGAGGUGCAUUGGUGACUUGGGUUUGUCUUCUCUGAGCCAGUGGCUCAGCCCUGCUAACAGCACGUUCCAUGUUCUUCACCUCUCUGUUUUUCAGCCUGCCCAAAGAUCCAUGCUAGACUGUUACUAAUACCCAGGUAAGCUAGUGUGAAAUGAGCUCAUGCCCAUGAACUCAUGCACAAAAGAUGCAGCUGCAGCACAUGCAUCCUGUCUGGAACAGAGGCAGGAAUAGCAUCCAUUUCCUCAAGGUUUCCUACACUCCUGUGUGGUGAAUAGUCUCAGCAUCUUGUUCUGCAAAAAUCUGGCACAUCCUGAGAGUAAGUUCAUCCUGUAUCCUAAACAAAGGCGAGGCCAUGCAAAAUAAAGCAAGGCCAGCACAAAAUAAUACUGGGCUACAUAAUUUAAGACUGAGUAUGAGCAAGGGGACGGAUGUGAAGUCACAUAACCCAUCUUCUGGUAUUUCCUAAUUUCUGACUCUUUCAUUGUGCAACCUUAAUGCUUUUAGUUGAUUUUGUGCCUAUAAUACUUAGGUGAGUUCAAGGGUAAGGACAGAAGAGAUGAGGGCUAAUAGGAAAAACAUAUAGCAGAGUUAAACUAAUUUUAGAAGGCAGAUAAUUUAGCUAUAUACUUUGAAGCAACCAGGUUUUGUAAAGACCAGGAUGUGAAGGGUGAAGACCUGAGGAAUCUCUUGGGAGAAGGGGGCAAAUGUAUGAAGGUAUUUUCAGCUCAAGGGAAGACAAAUUACAGAGGACCAAACUUUGGUUCCCAGCCUAGAACACACUAAAAGCCAUCUCAGCAGGCCACAGACUGGGAUAGUCCCUUAAGAAUAGCCAAAAUUUCCCUGCUUUUAAUCUGUUAUUUUUAUUACAUGUAGGCUGUAUAAAACUGGUGCUGAGAACAGAUUCCACCUCUGGUCAUUCCCAGUGAUAGCCACCAAAACCCCAAGAGCUGCUCUUCCGAUAAAGGACGCAUCUUGUUCUGAUACAAUGCUAAAGCGAUACCACAAGCUCCCUAAAGCAUCAUAUAGAACAUUGUUGGGUUAAAAGUGGUCAGGAUCACGUCUGAAACAGGAGAGAACAAUUAGAUUAUUAUCAACCCCUCGGACUUCUUCUAGCAAAAUACCACGUUGACGCAGCUCAUAAUUCCACAUAAACUGAUAUUUUUUUUCCUACUCCCUUUAUCACUGACAAUUACUUAUUAACCUUCAUUUUCAAACAGUAACACCCAGUCCCGUGUGGCUGGCUGUCUAGUGUGAAGAGUUUUCCAGGAGCCCCAUGACUCCCUCUUGGGCUGGUCAUACAGGGUGGGGUUCCAUUUCGGGGGCUCCUCAGGGGAGUAGUUGAUCCCUUAAUGGCUUUCAAGGGGUUUGGCUGGAAGGGGGCGAGGUACUUGGGGAGGUAGAAUCCUGCGCCUGAAAUAACCGCUGUGGGUUUCAAGCUUGCUUGGUUUCCCCCUCCCCCUUUCUCCCCUAGGUGACAAUCAGUUUGUGAAUUAGCUGUUAAUUCCUGGAGGCUGAGGAGGCGCUGGCGGGGUGGGAAGGCUCUGCCCCCCGCUUUGUGGGUCUCCCGCCUCCCCUGGGCUGGCGGGGCGGGCGCGGAGGGAACGGCUCCGGCCCCGGGGAGGAGGAAAGAGGAACAGUGGCUACAGCUGGAAGUCAGUCAGAGAAGAUACGGUCAUUACUGGGGGGAGACGGAGCAGCGCUUUAGUUUUUUUCACACGGGGCUCAGCUGCAACCAGCCCUCCUCUUCAUCCUUAUGGUAAACACCGCCGGGCGGGAGUAAGGCUGAAGCGACUGACGGGCUGCCUAUAACAGCCUGAGGAGCCCUGAUAAGCGGCGAGUCCUGUCCUCUUGGUUCAGAUGACUUAAAACAUCUGGUGUGCUGACAAUUGGUCUACCAGUCAUGAAACGAAUUCUUCUGUUUUUUAUCCUGGCUGCUGCUGUUAUGUAUGGUAUACUGCAUGGAAAUCUGUGGAGAAAUAACCUCUACUGGCUGCCACCUACAGCUGUGGAGAGAAGGAACGCACUGGAUACUUGCCUCCUGAAACCAGCAUUUGAAUCUUUACUGGGUGUUGACAAAAUAUACCCGUUCCUGUGUGCUAAUGAUUUUAUCAGAGUGGCGGAGUUCCACGGGAGCGAUAAGUUUGAACUACCUUAUGGAAUAAAGAGAGCAGAGCAAUUCUUUCGUUUAGCCCUUUCAAGACUGCAGAAUUGUGGACUUUUCAAUGAAGAUGACAGCAUUGCCUGUCGCCGGUGUGUUGUGGUCGGUAAUGGAGGAGUACUUCGAAAUAAGACAUUAGGGGAGAAAAUUGACUCGUAUGAUGUGAUAAUAAGAAUGAAUAACGGCCCUGUUAUAGGAUACGAAGAUGAUGUUGGGAGGAGGACGACUUUCCGCCUUUCUUACCCGGAAUCCAUCUUCUCAGAUCCGAUCCACUAUGACCCUAAUACGACUGUUGUUCUUAUUGUCUUCAAACCGCGUGACUUGAAGUGGCUUUGGGAGAUACUGGGUGGUCAGAAAGUAAGUGCUAAAGGCUUUUGGAAGAAACCAGCUCUGAACAUGAUAUACAAAUCUAGUCAAAUCAGGAUUCUUGAUCCCAGCAUCACCAGAAAAACAGCUUAUGAAUGGCUUCGUUUCCCAACAAGGUUUCCCAAGAAGGAGAAACCCAAGCAUCCAACAACGGGGCUAAUUGCCAUUACACUAGCAUUUCACAUAUGCCAUGAAGUUCACCUGGCAGGCUUCAAGUAUGAUUUCACUGACAGAAACAGUUCUUUGCACUACUACGGCAAUGACACAAUGUCUCAGAUGAUGCAGAAUGAAUACCACAACAUCAAUGCUGAGCAGAAAUUUUUGAAGAAGCUUAUAGACAAGAACUUUGUGGUCAAUUUGACGUGAGAGCUGAAUGGAACAUAUGAAGAACAAUCACUAUUUUCAAGAUUUGAAAAAAAAAUAUAUUUUUUGUAUGACAUUUUUAUUUUUUAAGUGCAGCAUAACUGUUUACUGUUUAAAAGAAACACAGAAACCUCACUAAGGCAGAAGCUUCUUCUAAGCCCGAGGGUAAAAGACUAUUGCAAACAGUUAACUGAAUUUCUGUGAAGCUAUUUAAUAAUGGGAAAACCAUGAAACUUUCAGCUGAAACUAUCAGGGAUAUAUAAAAAUGUGAUGCAUAUCACUUAUUUAUCAACAAGAACUCUUUUCAAAACAAUUACUUCUCUGGAAUACUUUUGUUUCUGAUGUUGUCCUCCAAAAGAGUUACACUGUCAAAAGACUCAGACAACCAGUGUUUAAUUAGUAGAUGGAUGUAAAGUCUUGAAUGUCUCUCCUGUAGUACGAAAAUGGCUUUAAAGCAAUGCCUAUAAAUCCUUACUGUGUGUCUGGGAGAAGGGGGAACACACAGAGUGUGCAGGUUUUGUUCUGCCCUACUCCUGAGGAGGGGAUGUCCAUCUUCAGCAAAGAAGCCACAGCUGCUGCACUGGCCACCAGCUCUGAACAGUGGUCUGACUUUGCCAAAGGUGGAGACCCUUCAGCCUGAUUCGUGGAGGUGUUGGUAUUGACAGUGUUUGUGGCGUACCCAGUUUAUGGAAAAUCAUACUCUCCGUCCUGUGCAUCCAAUAAAUUUUGCAGUCUGUGACUUGGAAAAGAGGGAGUAUGAAGACUGAAGAAUUGUCCUAACAGCCUCCUCCAGACCACAAUGGAAACUUGAGCUGGGACAGAGAUGUUCAUACCCAAGUUUAAACUCAGAGCCGAUGCUUGUUGGAUUCCUAGAUCUCUAGGACAGCAUCUCUUACAUCUUCCUGUUUGCUCCCCAAGAAUCAAGGUGUAUUUUUCCAGACCAGCACAAUCUCCUUUCUCAGAUGCUGUAAUGUGCUUCCACCUUUGAAAUGCAUCAAUUUGAGCAAUGAAUGUUUCCAUUUUUGGAGUAGAGUGUGCUUGGGAAUACCAAGAUGUGCCUCAGCUGAAUUAUCACUUGGCUUCUGUUUACCUCUCCUGUCUUGACACUUAGGUUUAAAGGAUGUGGCUGAACUAAAUCAUUUAGUGGGUUUUAAUUGAAACAUGUAAUGGGACAUUUAUGUUUUCUGUAUUGGUUUGUCUCAGACAAGCCAGCUGAGUAAGUUAAAUCUGCCUGGAAGUGCCCUUGGCAGCUAUCAAAGCAGAACAAGUAAUGUGCUGUUCCAGUUUAUCAUAGGGUGUAUUAUUUUUUUUAAAUUGUGGCAGAUUUGCAGAUCUUGUGGUUAUCUUGAUCAGUCACACCUAAAGAAAGUACACUGAAGUCCACUUCAAAAAGAAAAAAAGACAUCUUUAAAGUUGGUAGAAAAACCUUUGCUGCUUUUUAAUAGUUAUAUAGAGAGUUUUAGUACAGUUAGGAACAGUCCAAACAAUUAAGAGAUGAAUACAAACCUCUGGCAGGUCGAGAGCACAGUAUUUGUUUUCCUAGAAGCUGAGGGUUACGAGAGUACCGAAUGCAAUUUCUUUGCUGCAGCAACCUAAAGGAAUAAGCACUGAAGUGACCAAAGAGUCAUCUUUCUUUUUUCCUGUUUCUCUUGCAGAGUGCAAUAGGCAUUUAAACCCCCCACCUUCCUGUAGUUGUCAUGUCCAGCUUCAGCUCCUUGGCUCUGCUGUUUGGGAAUCAGGGUAGUGUGAUUUGGGGGGUAGCCACAGCCAAAAGAGGAGGAGGCUUGUGCAUUCACCUAAUGAUUCCUGAGCUUUGGUCCCUUUCAUGCAAACGGACAUAUCUGAAAUAACUUUGAAUGUCAUAAGAAUCUGUGCCGGGAUGGAGGAGGGCCCAGACAUGUCCCCAGCAAGGGUCAGGCUGUGCCAUGGUGUCAUUUGGGCCCAGCUGCUGCAGGUGAUGAUGCAGGGGGUGGCCCCUUGUCCAGCCGUGCCCAGGACAAGGGCAUGGAGGAGAGUGGAACGCGUGAGGUCCUGGGGCUGCGGUGCUGGAAAUGGGGGAAACCAGAAUUUCUUCUCCAGGUGACAGAAGGGCUCUUAGUUGUUUCUUUUAAACAUGCAUAGUUUGGGGGAUUUGAGGAGAGAGUUGCUUAAAAUAUCUGAAUGCAAACAGGUGGGGUUUUGCAUCCACAAAAAGUGACACUGUGUCUUUGCCUUGACCGACAUUUAUUUCUCAUGGUAAUUUCAAUUAAUUAAAAAGGCUUGUACGUCAUUGCAGUCCCAGACCUGCAGUGAUUUAGACUACUGACAAUAGUAAUUCCACAGGGGAAAAAAUGCUGAGGUAAGGCUUUUCGCAAGAGCCGUGGUGUUGUCUGAGCUCUCUCUGCGUAGCAGUCCUUGGCAGAUCUCAGGCUGUUGAGAGCAGAGCCAGGCAGAAGUGGAGGGCUGCCUCCUGCCCCUCAAGAUCUGUGGUCGCUCCUAGAGCUGCCCCCCCCCAGCUCUGGGAUGGGCUGCAGCCAUGGAUCCAGCCACAUGCAUGUCUUGCAGUACACUGACCUUGAGGAUUUGGUCCAGGAGAGCUGUGGAAUUUGCCCUCUCUCCACAGUCCCUCAUUCUUGUGAUGGUGCUGGCUGUUUCCCUCUGCUUCUGCACCCCUGUCCCCAGUGGCAGGAGGUGGGUAGGGAGCUCUGCUUUUGAGGAUGUGUGUAUUUUCUAUGCUAUAUUGCCUCUCCAGAGAGAUUCUUCCCACUAAUCUAAACUGAUUCCUUCUCCUAAUUUUCCUAGGAGGUUGUCUGCUUUUUUGCGGGGCACGGGGUUUGUUCUGCUAUAAUUAGAAUCCAAACAAAGUAAUUGGAAAAAAGGCUUCAUGGCAAACAAAUGGUGUCCCCCAAACUCUUUUUACUUAGGCUCCUUCGCUCUUUUUCUACCACAUCAGCUUUUUUGGUCUCCCUAAUAAUUUUGGGGUUUUGUUGUUUUUGGUUUUGGUUUUUUUUUUUUGUUUGGGGUUUUUUUUUUAAUAAUGUUUUUUGUAUUCUCAGCACAUUGAACAUGCUGUCCACAAGCGUUUAUCCCUGACAGCCGCCCCUUUUUAUUGUAUUUCUUCUUAAUAAGCCUCCCCGUUUGUAUGACUGACUGACUAACUGGAAAUUAAGCAGUACUCCCAGGGAUAUUUUCCCCCUACUUCUGUGCUCCUGCAGGGAUGUCAAGUCCAUGUAUGCCAAGGUUACUGUCCCAGGGGUGGCUGGGGAACAUUUAGAGCCAACUUGUUCACUUGGGACCGAGAUGAGCUGGUAGUGUUGCUAAACCACAGGGUACUUUGGAAAGCACAGCUUUGCAAAGCAGGCCAGUAGCUUUUUCUUCAGUACCAAGCAGUGACCCAAGUGAUUAAUUUUCCCUCCUGUAAGAUGUUUUGGUAGGAUUCUGUGUACUCCAACCCUGCUUUAUCACCUGCUUCACACGAUCAUUUCUGCUACACUGCCUUGAGGAUGGGAGUGGCUUUUCCACCUGCUUCACACAGGCAGGAAUACCUGGGUGAGUGAUGGUGCCUGUUCUGUCUGGGCACGUGUUUCCACAGGCAUUUUGCAGUACCAAAGACUUGCCUUGGGACUUCUGAGAAAAGCAGUAAUACUAACUCCAAACACUUAGAUCUUUUCUGAGAGUGAGCUGCUAUUAAGAUUUUAUUUUUCUAGUUUUGUCAUUCCUGUAGGCGAAAUCUCUCCUCUGAAACUUCCCUUUAACAACUCCCAUUUCUUUUCAUCACAUCAUCUGCAAAGCUUUCAAUUUUGAAUCCCAGGGUGCUGCCAGCUUUAUUUCCAUGUGUGGUCACAGCGUAACUGUACAGGUACCAAGUAUCUCACAUCCAUUUUCUUCCUGUAUCAGUUGCAAAGUCAGGUGCUGUCAUCCCGUCUUCCUCUGUCCUGUUCUCCAGCAGCCUGCUGAGUUCUGAGGCAGCAGCACCUUACAGCAGAGGUGCUCUGUACGUUGUCUGCCACCCUGCUCAAAACACUGCACCAUAGUAAAGACCCAGCUCUAAGGUAGUGGAGUAUGCCCAGCACAAGCAGGAUGGCAGGUGUCAGCUGAAAGCUCGCUUUGGCUCGGACUUUUAGGGGGUUUUUUUUGUUUGUUUUCUGUCAGGAAAGUAUUUUUUCUUCUGCUGUAAUAAUUAAGGGAAGUACUGAGAGCUGACUUAAGAAGGAAGGUCACAGACUAUUGCACUAAAUACGAACCUGAGUGCCUAAAAGUCAUGAUAAAUGACAUUUCCAGUGACUGUAUUGGUGAUAAUAAUACAGAACUUUGGUGUCUAAUUAUUAGUGUGUGGUACCUCAUUUCCUAUGCUAUACUUUCCUUUUUAACAAUGCCCUGGGAGGUGGUAUAAAUAACUUUUAAAUGGAGUCUGAUUUUUAAGAACAGAGGAAACUCAACAUCUGUUUCUGGUAUUGGUAAAUACUUAUUUUAUUUGCCAUUUGUCUUAAGUUUUAUAUGCCUUUAAAGUGCCAGCUGUAUUUUGAAGACAUUCUUACAGUCGUUUUGAGUGAAAUUUUGAAUGCUACAAAUGGAAAAAUAUUAUUUUCCUGUGAAUAAACUGUGUUAAAGACAGUG